UACGGCCAAGAGAGGGCGGUAUAUUCAGAAUUUUGCUCAACUCAGAAAAAGAAAACAUGUCGAACUUCGUUGACGUGACUUCUGUUGCCGAUUUUGAUACACUUGCCGAGGCCACAGGAAGUGGCCUCCUAGUGGUGCACUUCUGGGCAAGUUGGGCACCUCAGUGUGUCUCCAUGAACGAUGUUAUGCAAGAAGUAGCCAAGCAGUUUCUGAACGUCCAAUUUGUCAAGGUUGAGGCUGAAUCAGUGCCGGAAAUAUCACUCAAGUAUGACAUUUCAUCGGUACCGACAUUUGUCUUUCUAAAGAAUAAGAAAGUUGUGGAUACACUUCACGGUGCAAAUGGUCCGGAGUUUAACAAGAAAGUUGAGCAGCAUUCCAAAGCCUCAUCUGGCCAAGCCCCACCUCCGAAUGCUCCACCAUCCAAGACAGCGGAAACUCCAGACUCUAAGCCAGAAACUUCAUCAAAAGAGGAUCUGAACUCCAGACUCAAGAAGCUGAUCAACACGGCUCCCUGUAUGCUGUUCAUGAAAGGAACUCCGGAGGAACCACGAUGCGGCUUCAGUCGGACAACGGUUGGAAUCCUAAACGAUAAGAACAUUGACUACAAGACGUUUGACAUCUUAGGAGACAACGAAGUUAGACAAGGUUUGAAGACAUAUUCCAACUGGCCCACCUUCCCACAGCUUUACCUCAAGGGGGAGCUGGUCGGUGGCUUAGAUAUCAUCAAAGAAAUGAACGAGAACGGCGACCUAGAUGAAGAUUUCCCUAAAAAGGAUUUGAACGGCAGGCUCAAGAAGCUGAUCAACACGGCUCCCUGCAUGCUGUUCAUGAAAGGAAACCCAGAGGAACCACGAUGCGGCUUCAGUCGGACAACAAUUGGAAUCCUGAACGAUAAGAACAUUGACUACAAGACGUUUGACAUCUUAGGAGACAACGAAGUUAGACAAGGUUUGAAGACCUACUCGAAUUGGCCGACCUUUCCCCAGCUUUAUCUGAAUGGGGAUCUGGUUGGUGGAUUGGACAUUAUCAAGGAGAUGUUGGAGAACGGAGACCUUGACGAGGGAUUUCCCACUAAGAGCUGAAAGAUGGUGCAACUCAGAUAUUAAUAAUUGUCAAAAGUUUGUGUACAAAUCAUCAUCAGUACAAAAGGAGACCUAUGUUAUUCAAGUCUUAUCAGGUACACAACUGAGUGAGGGACUGGAUUGAACUGGAUCUGAACCCCAGACCUUUGCAGUCCCAUUCCAGAUAGUGUUGCAUUAUUUAACUCUUUUUGUUUAACCAUACUUAUCAAAAGUAUCAUUGCUCAAAAAUAAUAAGAGUUUUGAAAUGCUGUGUGGUGGAAAUCUUCGCUCACGAUCGUUGCCCUGUUGGUCCAAAUACCACAAACAAAAAAUACAUAAUUUUGAAGCUUGUUAUCUGUAUUCUAUUGAAAUAUACAUGUGGUGGAUUUCUAACAAUAUUCGACAGUUCAUCUGCAACUGAUAAAUUAAUUAAAUUAUUUGUGCGAGUGCGUCCGACCACCACAGCGUUUAGAGCCGGUUUCUACUACAGCAACAAAGUUAGAUGAAUAAGUUCUUUUUUAAAUCAUUGUAGUAACUCACCAAUACAUCUUAUCAGAAUUAAAAUCAACUUCGUGAUUGUAACUUUAAUUAUGAACUGUUGUAUUGUCCAAAAUGUACGUACGACACUGUGGAACUGCCAAAUUUUGUGUAGUC